GUCUGAUGAAGCUUCAGGAGAUCAUCAGGUCGCCGCCCAGCAAGACCAUAGAGAUGUACAUCAGACAAGGUCACCCCCACAACUACAGGGACAUCCUCAAGGAAGUCAAACAUAAAGAAAUUUUCAGUAUUAUCGUCGACACCUUACCCAAUAAUAUGAGGGACUUUCUGCGUUGUCUCCUCCAGCUCCAGAUGAACGACUACAGGUACCACUACCUCUUCACUACCUUCGACAUCGAGACGUUCGACCUGGAAGACUUCAAGUACAACUACGUCAACAUGACAGCCUUCAGGAUCGUCGACACCAGCAACUCACAAGUCCUGAAGAUCCUCAGGGAUAUGGAGAAGUUCCAGCCCAUUGGUCACUCUAUCCUCAACAAGUCCUCCAUUAUCAAGGCGGAGCCGGCGCUCAUCUACGACAGCGUGGGCGUGUUCGCUAAGGGUCUGCACGCGCUUGAGCGCUCGGCCACGCUCAGUCUGGCCAACCUCUCCUGUGAGAGCGAGACGCCUUGGGGUGACGGAUCCUCUCUCUUCAACUACAUCAACGCAGUGGAGUACCACGGGCUGACUGGACCAAUCAAGUUCACAGAGGGCAAGAGAAGCAACUUUAAGCUGGAUAUUCUCAAGCUGAGGAAUGAACAGCUUUUUAAGGUAGGAGAGUGGACGCCUGACAGUCAGAUCAACAUAACAGACAGACAGGCGUUUUUCGAGGCUGGUCGACCCAAUAUUACUCUCAAGAUCAUCACUAUUGAGGAGAGUCCGUACGUGAUGCUCCGUAAACUGAAGAAUGCGACGGGCAAUGCUCGCUUGUACGGCUACUGCAUAGACCUCCUGGACCAGCUGGCCAGCAUGGUCGGCUUCAACUACGAAAUUACCGUCGAGCCCUUCGGUAGAUAUGGUAGUUACAAUGAAACUACCGGCCAGUGGGACGGGCUGGUGAAGAUCAUCAUGGAUAAGGAGACGCCCUUCGUCAUGACGAGGCUGGCCAACGACACGUCGGGCCACGGCCGCUACGAGGGCUUCUGCGUCGACCUCAUCGCCUACGUCGCCGCCAUGGCGGGCUUCGAGUACCAGAUCGAAGUGUCGGAGGACAGCCUGUACGGCCUGAUAGACACCGACACCGGGGAGUGGAACGGUCUAGUGAGGGACCUUAUUGAUAAGAAAGCCGACCUGGCGGUGGGUUCCAUGACCAUCAACUACGCCAGAGAGAGCGUCAUCGACUUCACUAAACCCUUCAUGAACCUCGGCAUCUCCAUCCUCUUCAAGAUCCCUACGAGCCAGCCCACUCGUCUGUUCUCGUUCAUGAACCCGUUGGCGGUGGAGAUCUGGCUGUACGUGAUGGCUGCGUACGUGCUGGUGGCCUUCACCAUGUUUGUGAUGGCCAGGUUCUCCCCCUACGAGUGGAACAACCCGCACCCUUGCAACGCUGAGAGCGACGUGGUCGAGAACCAGUUCAGCGUUAGCAACUCUUUCUGGUUCAUCACCGGUACGCUGCUGCGACAAGGUUCUGGUCUCAACCCUAAGGUGCCCCAGAGAGUCCCUACCCAGCUGUUCAGCUUCAUGAACCCUCUGGCUGUGGAGAUAUGGUUCUACAUCCUAGCCGCCUACGUGGGCGUCUCCAGUACCAUCUACGUCGUGGCCAGGUUCUCUCCCUACGAGUGGCACAUCCCCGGACCCUGCCAUGACAAUAGAGAGGUCAUGGAGAACGACUUCACCCUUGCCAACUCGUUCUGGUUCACUAUUGGAACCCUUAUGCAGCAAGGGUCCGAUCUGAACCCUAAGGCGGCGUCUACGAGGAUAGUGGGCGGCAUCUGGUGGUUCUUCACCCUGAUCAUCAUCAGCUCCUACACCGCCAACCUGGCCGCCUUCCUCACUGUUGAACGGAUGAUAACACCCAUUGAGAGCGCGGAGGACCUGGCCGAGCAGAACGAGAUUGAGUACGGCACUUUGGAGGGCGGGUCCACCAUGGCCUUCUUCAGGGACUCUAAGAUUGAAACAUAUCAGAAGAUGUGGAGGUAUAUGGAGAGUAGACGUCCGUCUGUGUUCGUGCCCACCAUAGAGGAGGGGGUCAGUAGGGUCCUGCGUGGGAACUACGCCUUCCUGAUGGAGUCGACCAUGCUCGACUACACUAUACAGAGGAACUGUAACCUGACUCAGGUCGGCGGACUCCUCAACUCGAACUCCUACGGCAUCGCCACCCCCAUAGGUUCACCGUGGAGGGACAAGAUCUCGCUGGCCAUCCUGGAGCUGCAGGAGAAGGGGAUCAUCCAGAUGCUAUACAGCAAGUGGUGGAAGAACACGGGCGACGUCUGUAACAGGGACGAGAAGAACAAGGACUCUAAAGCCAGCGCUCUCGGUGUAGAGAACAUUGGAGGGGUGUUCGUGGUGCUCAUGUGUGGUCUCGCCCUCGCUAUAGUGGUCGCCAUCUUGGAGUUCUGCUGGAACUCUCGCAAGAAUGCCCAAACGGUUCGGUACUACCAGAGUCGCCACGACGACCACCAGCACGGGGACGAGGCCCGGGACGACCCCGGCGACGACCACGACCUCUUUGAUGACGAGGGAGAACGACCUCACAUUGUGAGUCGUAAGGUAGGUCUUAAGUUGUUAGUUACGACCCGUCGUGGUAGAUCGCAGUCGCUGUGCUCGGAGAUGGCGGAGGAGCUGCGCUUCGCGCUGCGCUGCCACGGGUCGCGCCAACGCCCGGCCCUCAAGAGGAACUGUCAGCAGUGUGUGCCAGGCACCACCCACGUGCCCGAGGGCACCACGGACCUGCCCCAGGCCAACGGCGUGAGUGCCAUCCUCGUCACCUGCUCCACCCACCGUGCCAGAGUCGCCGCUGAGCCUAAGAGCUCUUCCCUUCCGGUUGAUGCCACCCCUCCGCCGCCUCUCCCAUUCUCUCCCGAGGUUCCCUCUAGAUAUACCUUGAGAAGACCUUCCUUUCCUCUGGCUUCUUCCUCUUCCUUGUCCUCUCUUCCUCCUCCUCCUUCACCUCUCUCUUCCUCGUCAGGAAGAGCCUUGAAGGAGUAGCUUGCUUAGUGUUACGGUACAGGAUGCUGGCACUCACAGGCUUCUUGAUCAUGUAUGUGGAGAGUUCCGCCUCCAGGUCACUCAACAGUCAUAUACUUGUUCACACAUACACAC